UGCGCAGGUGUGCGCCGCCCCCAGCGGCCCCCGCCCGGGGGCGGAGCCGCGGCGGCGCCCGUCCUCUCCCCGGGCGCGGUGCGCAGCGCCGGGGCGCCGGAGCGGGCCAGGCUCGGGGUCGCGAUGAACAACCCUAUACCUUCCAAUUUGAAAUCUGAAGCAAAAAAGGCUGCUAAAAUUCUAAGAGAAUUCACAGAAAUAACUUCCAGAAAUGGACCUGAUAAGAUCAUCCCUGCGCAUGUCAUCGCCAAAGCCAAGGGCCUCGCGAUCCUGUCGGUGAUAAAGGCUGGCUUUCUGGUCACGGCGAGAGGAGGCAGCGGGAUCGUGCUGGCGCGCCUUCCGGACGGAAGAUGGUCUGCACCUUCAGCCAUCGGGAUAGCUGGGCUUGGUGGCGGAUUUGAGCUAGGAAUAGAGGUAUCGGACUUGGUGAUAAUUUUGAACUAUGACAGAGCCGUAGAAGCUUUUGCAAAAGGUGGUAACCUAACACUUGGCGGGAACCUCACAGUUGCCGUCGGGCCCUUGGGAAGGAAUUUAGAAGGAAAUGUCUCCCUAAGAAGCUCAGCUGCCGUCUUUACUUACUGCAAGUCAAGAGGCCUCUUCGCCGGCAUAUCUUUAGAAGGCAGCUGUUUGAUUGAGAGGAAGGAAACUAACCGAAAAUUUUAUUGUCGAGACAUUCGAGCCUAUGACAUUUUGUUUGGCGAUAUCACACGGCCUGCUCAAGCAGAAGACCUUUAUGAAAUUCUCGAUUCCUUUACUGAGAAGUAUGAAAGUGAAGGACAGCGAGUCAACGCCCGGAGAGCCGCCCGGGAGCAGAAGAAGGCUUCGGCUAAAUUGCCUCCGAAACCAUCAUCAAGACCACAGCAAUCACCUGCACAAGCACAGCUGAGUUCUGGCUCUCAAAGUAGCAGAAACGAGUAUAAUCUGUAUCCUGAACUUUCCAGCUAUCGUGAGAGAGUUGGCAAGUCAAACCAACCCAUAGAAGUGACAGCACUAUAUUCUUUUGAAGGACAACAGCCAGGAGAUUUGAAUUUUCAAGCUGGAGACAGAAUCACAGUUAUAUCAAAAACAGAUUCACAUUUCGACUGGUGGGAAGGAAAGCUUCGAGGUCAAACUGGCAUUUUUCCAGCCAACUAUGUUACCAUGAAUUAAAGUUUAUAUAAUUUUGUUCUUUGAGAAUUAAAAAAAAAUUAGUUCUACUGGAGGGAAUUACUAUUCAGUUAAAUAAUGUUUAGUAUAAAUAUAAAGACACCUCUGUUUAUUCCAUGAACUUUUAUCCAGUAUGUAAAAGAUUUUGGUUUUAUAUAUAUAUGGUUAACUUACAUAUCUUUACUUUCCAUUGAUUUUUUAAUCACAUAUACUAUUUAAUAGUAUCACAUUUUUCUUGUGUUCAUUUUCAAACAUACACUAAACAUUUGAUUUGCCUAUGUAUAUGGUGACUUGAUUGUAUCUUGGGAAUCUAAGGAUUAGGGUGUGAAUACCACUUCAUAUAUUUGCAGAAUGACUGGAAAAGAAUAAAUCAGCUUAAAUGGUAUAUUAAGUAAUACUUAGAGUUGGAGAUAUUGACUAGAAUAGUAAUCCUUAAAAAUUAUCUCUAUAUCUUCAAAAAUUAUAUAUGUAUGAAACAUUACAAAGAAUUUCAAAGAAAUUCAACUAUGCAUUAAAGAAGAUGGCAUCUGUUAGCUUUCCUUCUCUAUGAGGUGAUGCUCGCUCAUAUGUGACAUAAAGUUAUGUUGAUAUGGUUCCAUUAUCUCUAAAUACAUAUUUUUAAAAUGCUAA